GAAUGGAGGAUCCUAGGACUUGACCUUCGCCCGCCGUUCUCCUCGGAUCUUCAUGAGUAUUCAUUCAGUGGUUCCAACAGCGUCUACUGCUGUCGGCGCCCACCGGAGCGCCUACUGCCUGGAGUGGCCCGAAUUGGCUUGGCAGCGUGAGCUCCCUGGGAGCCCAUAGUCACUUCAUUAAGUCAAAGGAAAGGCGCUACAAAGACUUCUUGAAAGAAUAAACGACCGAGUAAGGUCCAGUGGAAAUUGUCCAAAUGCUUCUGAAAGCCGGUAAGAACCAAUGUGGGACGCUGGAUUUGAGCCAAAAGUGGAAGAAGCAGUCAGCUGCAGACAGUUCAAUAGUCACGAACCUGAUACUGCAGCUGCAACCCCUUGGAAGGCCAGAUUCGCCAGUGUUCCUGGGAUGUCCAGUUUGCAAGAAUCUCCUUGGGUUGCAGCCUUAAUCUUGCAUCCCUUAGUCCAUACCCCAGCCAAGUACCCUCCCACCUCCCCUUUCCCCCCCACCCUCCGAGAGGGUUCAACCUGAACAUGGCCGAGAAACGGAAUGGAGCCUGGUUCGGCUUUGGUUUCUGUGGCUUUGGGCAAGCGCUGGGCUCUGGGAACGGCCAUCAUUCAGUGCACAGUCCUGUACCACUGCAUGCCAGUGAUGAUAUUUGCCAAGUGAGCGCAAGCUGGAGCUACACCGCCCUGGUGACCCGUGGAGGCCGGGUGGAACUGUCAGGUUCUGUGAGCGGUGCAGCAGAUGGCUGCAGGGACGCGUGGGCUUCAGAGGGACUCCUGGUGGUGCUGCGUCACAAGGGCGGGUCCGACACGGAACUGCAGGCCUGGGAACCAGGUUCUGAGCUACAGGGGGAGCCUCUCUGGGUCCAGAACUUGGUUUCUGGGGCAGAAGCCCAAAGGAAAGAUGAACCCGGCAGUGAGUCUAGGACGGGGACCCUGCCGUUGCUGCCCUGCGCCCGUGCCUAUGUGACCCCACAGCCACCCUUCUGCCAGCCUCUGGCCCCAGAGCUGCGGGUACGCCAGCUGGAGCUGGGUGCUGAGCAUGUGCUGCUGCUGUGCGAAGCUGGCCAGGUGUUCUCCUGGGGCGGAGGCAGGCAUGGACAGCUGGGCCACGGGACGCUGGAGGCAGAACUGGAGCCAAGGCUGUUGGAGGCACUGCAAGGCCUGCGGAUGGCUGAGGUGGCCGCAGGUGGCUGGCACUCUGUGUGUGUGAGUGAAACGGGGGAUAUUUAUAUCUGGGGCUGGAAUGAGUCAGGGCAGCUGGCCCUUCCCACAAGGAGCGGGACAGAGAAGAAAACAGUGAGAGAGGAAGAAUUGAAUGAAGAUGGUCUCAAAGAAGAGGAAGCAGCUAUGGCUGAUGUUGGAGCUCCUGCCCACUUCAUAGCCAUCCAGCCCUUCCCAGCUCUACUGGAUCUUCCCCUGGGCUCAGAUGCAGUCAAGGCCAGCUGUGGAUCCCGACACACAGCUGUGGUGACUCGAACAGGAGACCUCUAUACCUGGGGCUGGGGUAAAUAUGGCCAGCUUGGCCACAAGGAUAGCACCAGCUUGGAUCGACCCUGCCGUGUGGAAUACUUUGCAGAAAGACAACUUGAAGUAAGGGCUGUCACGUGUGGACCCUGGAAUACCUAUGUCUAUGCAAUGGAAAGAGAGAGAAGCUGAAACAUAGCUCAGGUGGAUCCCCAGGCUGCUUAUGUGCCUGGGUGAGGAUGGACUCUUGCUUCACCAUGCUGUCCCUAGGUACAUCAACAGAUUAGCUAUACCUAGCCCAGAAUCUGUUAAUAGCUGCAAAAUGAGAAAAUAUUCCCAAAUAAAAAGAGUAAAUCCAAACUAUUCUGAGAAUAGAUUCUUAAAAUUUCUUUUAUAUCCUUUGAACUUUGUCUUUUAAUAAUGAGUUUAAUCUAUAGAUCAAAGCAAC